ACUUAUCCCCGGUGGCACAGGACUUUUCUUUUUUUCUAAUGGACCGUGUAAGCUCUUUAGUUCCUUAACAUGCUAUAUUGGAUACAGUUUUAUGUUGCAUUGUUAUUCUCACUGGUUAUGGAGUUUAUUGUUUUCGUUCGUUUAUCGAUACUACAUAUUAGGACAUUCGGCUCCAAAAACCAGAACAGUUGUAAUCAUCAUUAUACUACUCUACAUACCAUCAUUUUUUCAAUUCGUAAUCUUCUGCUUUGCUAGCGACGAUGUCACGGAAGUGAAGAAUUCAAUUGUGAAGAAGUUGGGAUAUGAUGUGGGCAAAGAAUGUGUGAGCGGUCAUUUGAACAUCUUCGACUGGAAGAUUAUGUUCACCAUACUUCAUAUGACAUUACCGAUCACACCGGUUUAUACUGCAAUACUUAUACUGAGAAGAAUGACUAUGGCAAAAUUACGAGCAGAAAGGGUCAUGUCGGAAAACAGCAAACAUCUUCACGCUCAACUUCUCAAGGCACUUACUGUACAAGCAUGCCUGCCGAUAUUCUUCGUAUUUGCUGUUAUCACCUAUACAGUUGGUCAACUUGGCUUUUAUAAUCACCCAUUACUCGAGUAUGCUACAUUCCUACUGGGCAGCUUUAUACCGAUGUUGAGCCCAUUAACGUCGUUCUAUUUUGUCCGGCCAUAUCGUUUAUGGAUACGAAAUAGAUUGCUGUGUAUGUAUAGAAAGACCAGCUCCCAGUCAGUGUCAAGAAUAACUACAUUAUAUGGUAGUCAGGAAACGAGCAAGGGGUUUUAA